AUGAAGAAACAAUAUUGGUAUGCAGGGUUUUUCUUCGAUGAAGGUGAUGACUCUGAGAGUCUUCAUCAGAGGAUGUUAGAAGACGUUGUUAACUGGACUUGGAAACUUGGUCGAUCAGCAAAUUUGGUUGUGCUCUCAAAUAUCUCAGAAGACGUAGAGCUCGUCUAUCUUAUGAAGUCUAUGAAAUCGAGAGGUCACAAUGUUGUGUUUCCACGUAAAAGCCGGGAUGACUCAGACUCACUAGGCCUUUCGCAAACUGGAAUCAGGGAAUGGAUUUGUCCAAACCUACUAGACGAAAGCUUAGAAGAGCUCUAUUUUGCAUGGACGACUGGUCAAGUGGUAGAGGAAGAGUAA